GAUGCCCAGGCAGUUUCCAAAGCUGAACAUCUCUGAGGUUGAUGAGCACGUGCGACUUCUGGCAGAGAAGGUAUUUGCUAAAGUUCUCCGAGAAGAAGACAGCAAAGAUGCCUUGUCACUAUUCACUGUGCCUGAAGACUGCCCUAUUGGGCAGAAAGAGGCCAAGGAAAGGGAACUGCAGAAAGAAUUGGCAGAACAACAGUCUGUGGAAACAGCUAAAAGGAAGAAAAGUUUCAAGAUGAUUCGAUCCCAGUCUUUGUCAUUACAAAUUCCGUCCCAGGAAUGGAAAGCACCGUCGGCCAAUCCUGUUCUGUCUCCAGCAACGCCAGUUCUUCCAAGUGCUUUUCUGCCAGUCCAAGUGCCAUAUGAUGUACCAGAGUUUCAGAGAGUUUCAAUUAGUGGGGACUACUGUGCAGGGGUUACAGUUGAUGAUUAUGAACAAGCAGCCAAGAGCCUGGUGAAAGCUCUUCUCAUUCGAGAAAAAUAUUCACGUCUUGCCUACCAUCGCUUCCCAAGAACAACAUCUCAGUAUUUGUGUAGCAUGCAAGAUGAAAAAUGGAAGGUUGAAGAUGAAGUGUAUCCAGAUUUCCAUUCACCCCCAGAAGAAAAUGAAGAUCCUUACAAUCUUGAUGAUGCUCCAGACAAUUUGGAUUAUGUUAUCAAGAUAAAAGGUGGCAUUCCCUUUGUUUAUGAUAACAAAGAAAUGAUGGAACUCAAUGAGCCUCGGAGUCUGCCAUAUCCUGACCUGGAGACCUAUACCCUUGACCUGAGCCACGUUCUUGCUCUAAUUGCAGAUGGUCCAACAAAAACAUAUUGUCAUCGGAGGCUUAACUUUUUAGAAUCUAAAUUUAGUUUACAUGAGAUGUUAAAUGAAAUGUCGGAAUUUAAAGAACUAAAGAGUAAUCCCCAUCGAGACUUUUAUAAUGUGAGAAAGGUCGAUACUCAUAUCCAUGCUGCUGCUUGCAUGAACCAGAAGCACUUACUGAGGUUUAUUAAGCACACAUAUCAAACGGAGCCUGACAGGAUUGUUGCAGAGAAAAAAGGCAAGAAGAUGACUUUAAAGCAAGUCUUCGAAAGCCUUCACAUGGACCCUUAUGACCUCACUGUAGACUCUUUAGAUGUCCAUGCGGGUCGUCAAACAUUUCAUCGAUUUGACAAAUUCAAUUCCAAGUACAAUCCAGUUGGUGCCAGUGAGCUGAGGGACUUGUAUUUGAAAACUGAGAACUACAUUGGUGGUGAAUAUUUUGCUCGUAUGGUCAAGGAAGUAGCCCGUGAACUAGAAGAAAGUAAGUACCAGUAUACAGAACCCCGCUUAUCCAUUUAUGGACGGUCUCCAGAUGAAUGGCUGAACUUGGCAAAAUGGUUCAUCAAGCAUAAAGUGUAUUCCCCUAAUAUGCGCUGGAUCAUUCAGGUUCCCAGAAUCUAUGACAUAUUUAGGUCAAAAAAUAUUCUGCCUAGUUUUGGGAAAAUGUUGGAGAACAUCUUUGUACCUUUGUUUGAAGCAACAAUCAAUCCCAAAGACCACAGAGAAUUGCACCUUUUCCUCAAAUACGUGACUGGCUUUGACAGUGUUGAUGACGAAUCUAAACACAGCGGCCAUAUGUUCUCUGACAAGAGCCUUAACCCUGACCUCUGGACCAGUGAGAAGAAUCCCCCAUAUAGCUAUUAUUUGUAUUAUAUGUAUGUGAACAUCAUGUUGCUAAACAACCUUAGGAGGCAAAGAGGCAUGUGCACUUUUCUGUUUCGACCUCACUGUGGAGAAGCUGGGUCUAUCACACACCUUGUAUCAGCCUUUCUGACAGCAGACAACAUUUCCCACGGAUUGCUCUUGAAGAAGAGUCCUGUCCUCCAGUAUCUUUAUUAUCUUGCACAAAUACCCAUUGCUAUGUCUCCACUUAGUAACAACAGCCUAUUCCUGGAGUACUCAAAAAAUCCACUUCGGGAAUUCCUACAUAAGGGACUUAAAGUCUCUCUCUCCACAGAUGAUCCUAUGCAAUUUCAUUAUACAAAGGAAGCUCUCAUGGAAGAAUACGCUAUUGCAGCCCAGGUCUGGAAACUGAGUACCUGUGACUUGUGUGAAAUAGCAAGAAACAGCGUACUACAGAGUGGCCUGUCAGACAAGGAAAAACAGAAAUUCUUAGGGGUGAAUUACUGUAAAGAAGGGCCUGAGGGAAAUGACAUUCGAAAGACGAAUGUUGCGCAGAUCCGGAUGGCCUUCAGGUACGAGACACUGUGCAAUGAACUUAGUUUCCUGUCUGAUGCUAUGCGAACAGAAGAGAUUUCUACUCUGUCGAAGUAG